CAGCCCCAAAACACUCGAAAUAUUUGGAAAAGCAUCUGAUAAGGUUAGGAAAUCAUUUUUUAUUGGAGUAGAUGUAUCGGAAGCUAGUGACCAUGACGAAGAAGGCCUUUUCUUCUUCUUCUUCUUCUUCUUCUUCAGCUUCUGUUCAACUUCUCUACGAUCUCUGCAAAAAGACGUUUACGCCCUCAGGAACACCUCCUCUUUCUCCUCAAUCCAUUCAAAAGCUCUGCUCUCUCUUGGACACAAUUGGUCCUGCUGAUGUUGGGCUCAAAGUGGAAAAUCGAGAAGAUGAUAGAGGUCAUGGUUUUUUUGGACUUAAUCGAUUUAAUAGGGUUGAUCGAUGGGCUCAACCAAUAACUUAUGUGGAUCUACAUGAAUGCGAUAGUUUUACAAUGUGUGUAUUCUGCUUUCCAACUUCUUCGGUUAUUCCACUCCAUGAUCAUCCUGGGAUGACUGUUUUGAGCAAAGUUCUCUAUGGCUCUUUACAUGUAAAAGCUUAUGAUUGGGUUGAGCCUGAACGGAUACAGAGAGGCAUGGGACCAAAUUACCCACCAGUGAGAUUGGCUAAGUUGGCGGUUGAUAAAGUUGUAACAGCACCCUGUGGAACCUCAGUUUUGUACCCAAAGAGUGGUGGGAACCUUCAUUGUUUUACAGCAAUCACCCCUUGUGCUGUGCUCGACAUUCUUGCACCCCCUUACCAAGAAGCCGCUGGCAGAAAAUGUAGUUACUACCGUGAUUACCCUUACUCCAGCUUCUCUACAGGUAUUGGAGAUGAGAUAAAUGAUGGCAAUGAAGAGGAUUAUGCAUGGCUUGCACAGAUAGAAACACCUGAUGAUCUCCAUAUGCGCCAGGGAGAAUAUAAAGGCCCAGCUAUUCAAGUUUAGCUCUGGUUGGUUGUGUAUGUUUUGAAGACCCAGCUAUUCAAGUUUGGCUUUGGUUGCAUUUGUUGGUGAUCGAUCACGUGUGUCCUGCACAUUUGAAUCAACAUGGAGGUCCCGUGAAGACUGAUUUGCAUCUGCCGUGCUCGUGCAGUGUUCUAAAAGGGUUCUCUUCUUCAGUGAAAACAUACUUCAAGCAGUGAGUCUUGUUUAUCUAAUGUACAUUCAAAUUCUCUGAAGCUGUAUGAAUGAUUUGUCCACAUAUUGUAACUUACACGGCGAUGCUCUUAAUCUGAUUGGUCAAUUCUCUCAAAAGAUGUGUGGGUUUUGGUUAAUGCUUAUUUUGUGUU